ACUCAUCUCAUAACUAAUUUCACGCAUGCUCUUUUAAGUCAAGUUUUAGUCCCUAGAUAUUUUUUCAUACAUGUUACCAGGAAACUAUAAAUAGUUAAAAAUAUAUCUACUUAUUUUAAUUAACAAACAUAAAAUGAAGUGUUAUUUUAACUGAAAGAAUUAAUUUUUAAAAGCAAUCAGUUAAAAUCCUAUUCAUAACCUUCAAAACGAAAACAAAGAGAAUUAAAUUUUGCAGUGAAUAUCAUAAGAAAAUAACGCUCACAAUGAAUUAUAUUGCGUUUUAUAUCACAAGAGGCAUCUAAUUUAACCAUAAUGAAGUGGAAAACUAAAUUGGUUUUAAAUAGAGAUAAUAUGAUGUAUAAAUUAGGCGUUCUUUCUUAUAAACGUAAAUUUUGCACCUUAUUAAUAUUUGGUUGUUUAGGAUUUACAACCUACACCAUAGAUUUUACCGGUUAUAUAAAAGAAUGGAACGAAAAAAUUUCACAUUUCCGAUCGCCACGUCAAAUCCAAGCAGAUAAAAAAACUUUUAACAAUUUCGAAGACAAUAAAUACGCCAUGGCACAAUCAGCUGAACGUCUUUUAGGAAUUCCUUUCGUAAACAUAGACACUUCAAACCCAUAUAUACCCAAGCAACGAAUAGUACAUUUAGAUUUAAAAGGGGCACCCCCAACGCUUGGGUUUUUAAAGAAAUUUUUUUUAAUGAUUAGAAACAUGGGCGCAACUGGGAUUUUAUUGGAAUAUGAGGAUAUGUUUCCCUAUUAUGGUGUUUUAAAACCGAUUAGAGCUAGAAAUGCUUAUACUUCCAAGGACAUUGGGAGUAUUUUAAAUUAUGCUGAAGAAUCUAAUUUAAUGGUAAUUCCUUUAAUUCAAACUUUUGGACAUGUUGAAUUUGCUUUAAAACAUAAGGAAUUUGAAAAAUUAAGGGAAGUUCCUGCAAGUCCACAAGCUUUAUGUCCUAACAGAAAUGGUACUUUAGAGUUUGUUAUGGAAAUUGUAAAACAGGUUAUGGAACUACAUCCAAAUUCUGAUUAUUUACACAUCGGUUGUGACGAAGUAUUUCAAAUGGGUGAAUGUGAAAUUUGUAGAUCACAACUCCACGAAAAUCUCUUUUUAAAUCACAUAAAAAAAAUAUCGACCUCUAUUCACCAAAAAUACCCCAACUUACAAUUAAUAAUUUGGGAUGAUAUGUUACGACAUUUAAGUCAACAGGCAAUGAUUGAAAUGAAACUAGGCGAUUUAAUAGAACCGAUGGUUUGGGUUUACGCGGAAGAUAUUUACCACUUUGUAGCGCCGCAAAUUUGGGAGAAAUACGCGAUCGUUUUUAAAACGGCUUGGACCGCCUCUGCUUUUAAAGGUGCUUUCGGUGAAACUUUAUACGUUCCGGAAGCGCGAAGACAUCUCGAAAACAAUUUACGAUGGAUGGAGGUGAUGGCGCAACAAGGUAAAUUAUUUAAGUUGGGAUUUAACGGAAUCGUUUUAACCGGGUGGCAAAGGUACGAUCAUUUCGCCGUUUUAUGUGAAAUUUUACCCGCUUCUAUUCCAUCGUUAGCUUUAAAUUUGAUCACGGUUACAAACGGAUUUUUUAACUUAUCGCUUAAAACGAAGUUGUUAUCUUCGUUGAGUUGCCCACAAGGUAAUUCUAGAAAUAUACAAUUUAUUAAUUUAGAUUCGGAUCCACAUUUGUGGGAAAAACUUGGUCGAUGUAUGUUUCCAGGAAGUCCAGUUUUUCGAUUAAUGUAUCGCGUUCAUAUGAUCGAAACUGAAGUUAUUGAAUACGUCCAAAUUACAACGCGACAAAAAGGUUGGUUAACCGCUUAUAACGUUCGUAGAAAUUACAGUUUACCUUUACGGGUGGAUGAAUUAACGGGGGGAUUACCUAGAGUUUAUCACUCUAUGAUUUCCGUAGCUAAAUCCGCCGUAGAUAGUAUGUUAGGAAUUUUUGAUAAUUAUACUAUAGCCGAAUGGAUUGAACAAAGAUUAUAUCCGUAUAUAAUUGAAUUGGAGAAAAUUCAAAACGACUCCGUUACGCUUAAAAGCAUACAAAAUUGGCCGUCAAGACCUUUGUCAAUUAUGAAAGAUUUGAAACGGUUUGGAAUUGUUUUAUAAUUAUUAUUUUUUUGCCAAAGACUUUUUUUGUGAGUAAUUUUUAUAUCAAAAGAAACUUUUCUGUGAUUGGCUGCUGUACAAAUACUCAUUUUAAUUUCAUUUUAUUUAUAAAUCAUUUAUUUUUAUAAAUUCUUGGUGAAUUUUACGCAUUUACUUUUAUUACUUUCUUAUUUUUGAAAGAAAAAAAAAGUGUUAUUACUGCUCAAUCAAGUAUUGGUUUGAUAACGUCCUGUGAUUAGUCGAAAAUCAAUCACUUUAUUUAGAUAAAGUAAGUGUAGAUCUUAAUGACGUUUUUCUUUUAAAAUAUUCAUUCUUAUUAACUUAGUAAAUUGAUAGCUCGAUAUUUUACGCAAUCAUUACUAAAUAUGUCUUGUAUUAGACGUAUGAGGUGUUCAAAAAGAUGUUAAAACAACAUUUAAUUAAAACUGUUUAUUGUUGUCUUUUUAUUUAAUUUACAACUUCCUUGUCUUUUUUCGUACUUUUGCAGUUAAAUCAUCCUCUCAAUUGACAUUUUAAUCGAAGAAUAGAUUACUUAUUACAAAGAAAUUUUCAAAAUUAUUAUUUUAACAUCUUUUUGAAAUAUCUAUAUUAAUUUAUUGAGCUCAAAUUACUAAUUUUAAAAUCUCCACUGCCCGAUAAGCGAUUUUUAGUUCUUUCUUAAUAGCUCAUCCUAAUUUUUACUAACCACAUCUUACAUAGUUAACUUAAAUAGUUUUUGAUGUCCUGUGUACGUGUCAGUGAUGUAUUUAAAAAGGAUACGGAAUAAAACUUAAUCAUUAGUUACCAAAAUCUUUAUGUCGUCAAAGUUUUAAAUAAUCGUGUGUUGUAACGAUUUUUUUAUAUAUAAAAAAUAAUAAAUUAAUUAAAAUCUAAA